AUGCUGCUACGAUCUACUAAAGGAUUAUUUGGGGUUCUACCGGCUGCAGCAGAGGCAGGUAUUGCGUCCCCUGUAUGCCGUGCAAGCCUAGCGUACAAUUUGAACUUGAUCGCCGCAGCACCAAAGUAUCGUAAUAUCAAUGUAUCUGCGGGGCGUGGUAGUCUACUAGGCGGCGACUCGCCAUGCAGUAGCCGUAGUAUUGCAGGAGGGAUGUUUUCUAUGCAUCUGCGUAGUUUCAGCACCCUAGGUUCUGUAUGUCGCAUUGCCUUGACAGGGUCCAUGCCCACCCCUUCUAGCAGGAGAUGCUUUGCUGUAGGUACAUUUGUAAGGAACAAAGAACAUCUCAAUAUUGGUACUAUUGGCCAUGUCGACCACGGUAAAACGACACUGACCGCCGCCCUUACGAAGGUCUGUUCUAUGGGAGGCCAUGGAGAGUAUACGCCAUACGAGGCAAUCGACCGUGCACCCGAAGAGAGGAAGCGUGGUAUUACUAUUAACUCUACGCAUGUAGAGUAUGAGACUAAAAAUAGACACUAUGGACAUGUAGAUUGCCCAGGUCAUUCUGAUUAUGUGAAGAACAUGAUAUCAGGUGCUGCUCAGAUGGACGGUGCAAUUUUGGUGGUUUCAUGUGUUGAUGGCCCUAUGCCUCAAACUAAGGAGCACGUAUUAUUAGCUAAACAGAUUGGCGUGCCACGUUUAGUUGUAUUUUUGAAUAAGUUAGACAUGAUGGAGGACCCUGAGCUAUUGGAGCUUGUGGAACUUGAGAUCCGAGAAUUGCUUAGCGAGUUCGGUUACGAUGGAGACGCGACACCUAUUAUUAGGGGCAGUGCUAUGAAGGCUUUGAACAGUACUGCAGAAGCUGAUAUUAAACCUAUCCAGGAUCUGCUUGAUGCGUGUGAUACGUUUUUACUUACACCGGAGCGCAAGGGCGAUUUACCACUUUUGGUUGCUAUCGAUGAUGUGCUUGCUAUUCCUGGCAAGGGUACCGUUGUGACUGGUCGUGUUGAGCAGGGUAAAAUAAAGUGCGGUGAUGCUAUUGAGGUUUGCGGUGGUCCCAAGUCUGGGAAGAAAACUGUAUGUGUUGGUCUUGAGAUGUUUAGGAAGAGCCUUAGUGAAGGUAUUGCUGGAGACCAGAUCGGUGUAUUAUUGAAGGGUGUUAAGCGUGACGAGGUUGAGCGUGGUUUUGUCCUUAUUCAACCUGGUACAUACAAAUGUCAUUCAGAGUUUGAUGCUGACUUGUACGUGCUUACAACCGAGGAAGGGGGUCGUAAGCACCCUUUUGUAUCCAAUUACCGACCACAGGCGUUCAUCCGUACCGGUGACAUUUGUUGUUCUGUGCAUUUGAAAGACGAUGUAGAGAUGGCGGCGCCCGGUGAUAACGUGAAGUGUGGCAUAAAGCUUUUAUAUCCUAUGCCUGUACAUGAGGGGCUUCGAUUUGCUCUUCGGGAGGGUGGUAAGACAGUGGCGUCUGGGCUUAUUACCAAGGUGUAUUAA